AUGCGUCAGCCAACUCUGCAGCACACCGUGUUAAGCAAGCCCGGCACGGACUUCGUGAUUCCCCCCACGGAGUUUGACGUAGCCUUCACGGAUUUCACGGAAGAUCCGUCCGAGAAUGGCACUGUGUGGCUCCAGCUUAUGCAGGACAUCAAUCCACAGGUGGAUUUCCUGGAGACGAGUAAAUGGAUCAACAAGAACACACGGCGAUGGAAGGUCUCCUUCGUUACGUACAACGCGGAUUUCGACAUCCUGACCAUCUCCUCGAUCCACUUCAUCUUGUCCCGAUCCGGGCGGAUUUGGAAAGAGAUUUCGUUCAUGAGCCUCUACAUGUCUCCCUACGCAAACCUAUGGGGGUUGGUCUGGGAGAUUCUGUUUUUUGGAAGCAUCACGACAAUCUUCAUUGAAGAGCUGCUGGAGAUUAUCCGGGGUCUUUGCGCCAGGGGUACUGAUGGAAAAUGUCGCUGCCGCCUGGGCUACUUCUUUAUGGACUACUUCACGGUCUGGAACGCUGUGGACUGGUGUUCCAUCGUCAUUGCCUACACUCUUUUAGGCAUGUGGAUUCACCGGUGCAUUCUGCUCGCAGACCUGCAAACUACCUUGAGCACAUCUUUGGACGUUUGCGCAUCCACCCCGAGGGAUCGAAACAACUGCGAUGGCAUGACCGAAAUGGUCAUGGCGCAAGCCACCGCCACCGGUGAAAUCGCCUCCAGUACCAGCCUCGUCAGCAGCUUCUAUCCCUUCUGCAUCCUGUUGCGGCUCUUCAAGACCUUCUCGCUGCAGCCGCGUCUUGCUGUGGUCACAAGAACCCUGUGGAUGUCAUUUGCAGACCUGGUGCACUUCGGCAUUAUCUUCCUUUCUGUGUUCCUUACCUAUGUCUUCAUGGCCAUGGGCUUCUUCGGGCGCACUGUUGAAGGCUACGCCGAUUUUGGAGUUGCUUUCAUCACACUGUUCCGAUCAUUGAUGGGAGAUGCGGAUUUUCCCGCCAUGGAGGAUCAGGUGGGCAGGGCCAUUGCUGGGGUGUUCCACAUCACCUUCAUGCUGUGCAUGCUGCUGAUUCUCCUGAACAUGCUGAUUGCCAUCAUCAUGGAUGUGUAUGGCGAAACCAAGAGGAAUGCGCAGUUCAGCGACCCUGUUUGGAAUGACAUCUACGAUUUCUUCUACAGAUGGUAUCAUGCACGGAAAGGUGACCGCGUCAGCCUGUCCAAAGCCAAAGACUUGUUCAUGACCCACCUGGAGGAGAAGGCAGACAAAGAGGAUGAAGAAGCAGAAAGAGCAGCUGAGGCUGGCCUUGCUGCAAGUGGAGGGCUGAAAAGCAAGAAGUCCAUGUUCGUGGAGCUUGAAGAGAGCGAGGACAUUGUGACCGUGGAGCAUCUCAUGGAAAAGGUGGGAAUGGACGAGCACCAAGCCUGGGAUUCCAUUGUGGAAUCUGUUAAGUGGUUCGAGAAGAACGCCGAAUUGGAUGUCCCGACAGUGGAGGUACUCCGAGGUGUGCGGCAGGUGCAGACUCGACUUGGUUGCCAGCCAGUCCUGCACCGCUCUACGACAGCAGCCCUGGACCUGUCGGGCAUGGACCAGGCUGACGGUGGCGCCGCCAAGGAGAAAGGAGAAAAAGUGGAGACUUUGACGGACCCAAUGGUCCAGGUCGCCAUAGGGCCAGAUCUGAAAACCAUGAUAGCGGACAGCCUCAGACGCCUGGAGUUUGAGAGUGGCAUGUCAGCGCGUUCCAAGAAGAUGGUUUCACAGCUCCUAGACACAGCCCAAUCACUUGUCGAAGACGAAGGGAUUGAGAAGAGGCUGUGA